AUGGCCGCCAUGUCGAGGGGUACACGACCGGCCGCGAAACCGCAGCUACGCGUCGCGAAACGGGUCAAGGGCGGUACCAGGUCCUUGAAAAAUCACACCUACCAGUCGUUCGCCCAGCGCAUCGCGAAACUCAAGAUCGAGCCUGUCCGCCGCGGGCGCAGUACCAUAAUCGACGAUGCAGAGCUCGACGCUACCUUCUCAUACUUCAGGGACACCCUCGUCGAGUGGAGAGACAUCAAUCUCUCCGAGAUCUUCAGUAACUUCGCCCGCCGAGUCGCCCCGCUAUGCGACAGCCUCCCGCAGGUCCUCCACCACAACGAGCGCAUCUUCGAUUUGCUUAUCGAGAAUAUUGAGAAGGGGGAUAAGAACAGCGAGGAACCGCUUCUCAAGCUCUUGGCAAACUUUGCCCAUGAUCUCGGUGUGCGUUUCGAGAAGCACUUCGAGCGGGCAGUCCGGACGGUAGCCCACCUGGCCGCCACACACGCCGACGUCGAGGUGAUCGAAUGGUCCUUCACGUGCUUAGCAUGGCUAUUCAAAUACCUCUCAAGGCUUCUGGUACCGGAUCUGCGACCUGUGUUUGACCUGAUGGUCCCGCUGCUGGGGAAAGCGCGCCAGAAGCUGUUCGUUAUGCGAUUUGCAGCAGAGUCGCUGAGCUUUCUGGUACGCAAGGCAGGAGCUGCCUAUCACAGAGAUCAGAGCCCUCUGAGGAAUAUAAUUAGGCACGCAUCGGAACUGUUGAAAGACUCGCAGGGCACCGCUCAAGACAUCGAUUUCCAGCAAGGCCUCAUGACGCUCUUUGCCGACUCCAUUAAGGGAGUCCAGCGCGGCCUCCAUUCCAGCGCCGUUGCUAUACUGAAGGAAUUAUUGUUGUGCACGUAUGACGAGGACUAUGCGGAUCUGCAGAGUCCGCCCUUGGAGUUUGUGCUCAAAGGCGUUACUACUUCCGUGAUCCACCACUCAGAUGCCGAAAACUUUCAGCCUCUUCUAGAAGCUAUCAUUGAGACGAUUAAAUUGAAAACGUCAGAUAAGCGCUAUCUGGGCCUAUCUUCAAGAUUACUUUUCGUCGUCUGUAGUGUGCGCAAAGGCUCACGAGUCGCCCAGUGGCCGUCUAUCCUCGAAAUUAUCAAUCUCCUAGUCACUAGCGUUGAUGAUUCCACAGCAAUAGAAGAAGCGGAUAUGCAGGAGCUUCUCUCAGCGUUUGCAGUGGUAUUCCAGUAUUGUCCGAUCGACGCCGCCAUUCCUCACACUGGACUCCUCGAGAAGCUUAGCAAAGAACCGCUGGAGAAAUUCUUCCUGUCUUUCUGUAAUACAUUUGCGGAGCUAGGCGCGGAGCGAUUCAAUACCCUUCUUCUAUCAUACUUCAAGAGAUUUGUAGUUCAAAAGGCACAAGAACAUGGAGACGAGCUUUGUGUUAUUCUGCCUAGCUGGUACGAGCACAGCAUCGUUCCGAAGGACUCUUUGCAAGUGCCUUCUGCUUGGCAGAAUAUUAUGAGCAAUCGAUUACAGCAGCUGACCACAUCGGGUUCCACGCAAGACGAUUCACAACGGAUAUUGUACGACUGCAAUGCUUUUAUUGACGCUAUUGGAAGCUUGGUCAUUUCCAAUGAACAGAAACAAGCCAUCUCAAAAUGUCUCUAUGGAGCUUUGACAAGAUCUCUCGAGGAUGGCGAUAAUAAAUCGACACCAAACACCAGAAAAUUUGCCACUGGAAAUGGGUUACUAUAUAUCGUACGCGACGAGAACCUCCAAGAAUCAUUGCUUCAACUCUGGCCAGCACUGUGCAAAGCUGCGUCGGCUAAUGAGGACAGCAGCCUAUCCUUCUGGAAAGCCUUGCUCUCUCUGGCUGAGAGCAACAAAGGAAGCCUUGAUAUCUCUGGAGAUCACAUAGAUUCUCUCAAGCAAGGUCUCUUGCGUUGUUUGGGAUCGCCUUCCCACGAGUUGCGCCUUGUGGCACUUGGUCUGUUUGAAAUCCUGGCUUCCGAUACCGAAGAACGUCGCAACGCCAUCGCCACCGCAAGCAUUAUUGAGCAGACACCUGUGAACCUGGAAACUCAGCGAUCCAUUUCCAUGCGCAUUAGUCAGCUUACAAAAUUGUACCCAGGCAUUGCCGCAGACGAAUAUUUGGGAGAGGCUAUACCUACUUUUUUGUUCGGUCUUCUUCACGUUAGACUUGCAUCAAUCUGGGACGAUGUCUGCUCUGCACUGAAAGCUAUUUGCGAAACAAAAGAAGGCGAAUCAUAUGUCUUAAAAGUUGCUUUCGAGUGGAUAAACAAGCCAUCCAGCGACGGCGAUUCUGCAUCCAUCGCGACAGAGCCACCCCCACCUCCGCGAUACGUCAGCACAUUUGAGUGCACUAAUGUCAUGCAGGUCGAACACACCAUUCGUAAAUCACAGGCCAUGUUAGACGACGUUGAAGAGCAGCUUCAGGCCCGCUUCGAUCGCGAUCAUUCAAGUGUUCAUUUUCUGAACGACUUCAGCCGGACGCAGGCCCUCCGCGUGCUCAAUGAACUACCUGCCGUUGCUGAAAAGCGCUCCCGUGUCUUGGUGCCCGUUCUAUUAGACUGGGUCUCGGCUCAGCCAGCAACAGACGUACCGGACGAUGAUAAUAUGGUUGGAGAAGCAUCGGAGCAAGAGUCUCGAUGGAGUAGGAAAGAUCAAAAAUCUAUGCUCACGCUCUUCUCCAAAUUCACCAACCCAAAGGUCCUGUACCGAGCGACAGAUGUGUACCAGGCUUUGUUGGCUCUUCUAUGCAAUGGUGAUGCCGACGUUCAGAAAGCUGCCCUCAAAGCACUUCUCACCUGGAAGCAACCCGCCAUCGUGGAAUACCAAGAGAAUCUGUUCAAUUUGCUCGAUGAUUCGCGAUUCCGAGAUGAAGUCUCCGUGUUCCUGGACUCUGGGUCCGAUCAAGGCGCCAUCAAAGAGCAUCACCGGGAUGUACUGCUCCCCGUCCUUCUUCGCUUGCUGUAUGGCAAGGUCAUCAGUGGGAAGCGAGGACUUGAUGUAAAGAGGAAAGCUGUCUUCCAAGCAUUAACUCGAUUCGAAGAUAGCGCGAUCAAUCAAUUCCUCGAAAUCGCACUUGGUCCGUUGAGCGGCGUCCACAUAUUCCGAGACCAGGCCCUGGAUGAGAGCAUCUUGCAAGCAGACUUGCUGGCACCUCGUAAGCAGGUCGGUAUGAUUAACAUGGUUGAAGACAUGCUCGGCGCGCUUAAAACUACUAUCCGACCCUUCGUUGCCUCUCUCGUCGAUCCGAUACUCUUCUGCCUCAUCAAUGCAUCACGAGCUCUUGCAAAUUCCAAUUCUGCAACAGAGUCAGAGUUUGACAAUAGCCAAGUAUCUAUCUUCAGAGCUAUUCGGCAACGCUCCCUUCAAGCUCUGAACAUAUUAUUUGGAAGCUGUCCGGAUUUCGAAUGGGAGCCGUACGCGUCAGUCAUAGUGGGAGAAUUAGUCACUCCUAGACUCCAACAAUUCCCCAUCGAAACUGCUCAAUCAGUCUCUGGCCUACUGCGCUUGUUCUCGGCUUGGUCAAAGUCUACCGCUACAGCAAGAUUUCUGGUUGAUUUCGAUCAAGACAUUCUGACCAAAAUCACCGAAUGCCUGGAUGUGGCUUCUGCAAAGGACGAAGUGAAACGAUUCAUUUUGGACGACAUUCUGCGUCAACUUAUUUCGUUGGUGGCGAAGGAUGAGCAAGACUCAACAGAAGCCAAAAUCAGGAAGAACAGCAUCCAGUCCAAUAUACUUCAGCCAUACGCGAACACAAUACUGAUUCACGUUGGCGCACUUCUUCGAAAGAGCCCUAGCAAGGAAGUGCUUGAGUCCGGCGUUCACACCAUUGCCGAGCUUGCACCUCAUGUUGUUGGAUCAUCUGAGUCCCGCAGCAUGAUUGAGAUCUCUAGCUUCCUUCUCAGACAGCCAUCACAGCGGGUCAACGCAGCGACUAAACUUGGUUUGCUGAAGAUUCUGCACGAAUUCAUUCCGCGCUGUCAAAGUACCGACAUCACAGAGCUGUUCGAUACCAUAUUCGAAGGAAUCUGUCCGCUUUUCUCAUAUCUAAAGGACCAGUCUGCGAGGGUCUUGCUCUGCAACAUCGUCGAGGAUCUUUCGUCCUAUAAGGACGACUUGUCGGUUGUGGCCAAGCUCUGCCACGGUCUGAACGCAUACUCCACAUCCCGCCUGGAUGAGCCAGACUUUGAUCGCCGUUCUGCUGCAUUCGGCCAGAUUACCAGCGAUGUCCACUACAGCCUUGCACAAUGGAAACCCUUGAUUUUCAAUACGUUAUUCUUUAUAAAGGACGAGGCUGAAUUAAGUAUUCGCGUCAAUGCAUCGCUCGCACUCCGACACUUCAUCAAAACAUCGACACAAGACCAGUAUACGAAGGACUUCAUCUCCACCGCCCUCCUUCCCGGGAUUCGAUUUGGAGUGCGUGAGCCCUCAGAGCUUGUUCGCGUGGAGUUCUUGGCUGUUCUCGCUCAAUUAGUCGAGACCUAUCGAGAUUGGGCACCUGUCGGCGACCUGCACAUUCUGGUAUCAGAGGACGAAGAAGCGUCCUUCUACAGCAACAUCCUCCACAUUCAGAAUCACCGACGUCUGCGUGCGCUACGCCGACUCGCUUCCAACGUUCCACACCUACAGAGCGGGAACAUUUACCACAUCUUCAUUCCUCUCUUGGAGCAUUUCGUGUUCAAUAAGGCUGAUGAUGACAACGCAAACGCCUUAGCAGGAGAGACAGGGAAGACAAUUACCACACUGUGUCUGGGUCUCGAAUGGCCACAGUUCCGCUCGCUGUUGAAGAGGUACGUCGGCUAUCUCUCGAGCAAGGAAGAUCUGCAAAAGACCGUAAUCAAACUCUUGAGUGGUUUGCUGGACGGCCUGAAUCAGGCAGGUCGGUUCAAAUACGCCUCAUCUACUCCAUCGGAGGCGCCAGCCCCGGGACAGCCUGUCGAUGGCGCCGAUGAAGUCAACGGAACCGAUCACAUGGAAGUCGACGAACAACCAUCAGCCCUUGCGAAGACUCUCCCAGCGCAGGAAAAAUUGACAAAGGAUAUUGUCGACAACAUCCUUCCAGACCUCCAGAACUUCCUUAGGAAGAAGGACGAAUCCACAGUCAGUCUGCGCGUGCCCGUUGCCAUCGCGGUAUGCAAGGCACUUCUGAUCCUACCGUCCAUCGAGAUUGAGGCUAGACUACCUGCCGUUCUUCUUGACAUGUCACAUAUAUUGCGCAGCAAAGACCAAGGCAGUAGAGACAUGGCUCGAAAUACCUUAGCAGAGAUUGCCACCUUCACGGGUCCUACUUAUUUCGGCUUCAUCCUACGGGCACUUAGGAUAGCGCUUUCACGAGGCUACCAGCUGCACGUUCUCUCAUUCACCCUCCACAAGAUCAUCGUGGAACUGGCGGAGCAGCUGAAACCAGGCGAUCUAGACUAUUGCGUCGCGGAUAUCGUGGACGUGGUAAUGGACGAUAUUUUUGGCGUUACUGGUCAAGAGAAGGACGCAGAAGAGUACAUCAGCAAGAUGAAAGAGGUGAAGAGCAGCAAGAGCUUCGACACGAUGGAUCUCAUCGCACGAUCGACCACACCAGCAUCCUUGAUCAAUCUGGUGCUGCCUAUCAAAUCUCUGUUGCAGGAGAAGCUGAACGCUCGAAUGGUACAGAAGAUCGAUGAGCUCAUGCGGCGCAUAGGUCUGGGCGUGCUCCAGAACCCCACAGUGAAUGAUCGCGACAUCUUGAUGUUUUCGUAUGAGUUAAUUCAGGAGGUGUACAAGUCAAAUAACAGCACGGAAAAGGUUGAGCACGUGGACCCGAGGAAUCGAAAGUUCCUCAUCAACAUGAAGGGUGCUGCAAAGUCAGGCGCCCGUCAGUCCACGGCGUCGUACAGCCACAAGUUGAUCCGGUUUGGUUUGGACAUUCUGCGAACAGUUCUUCGCAAGCAUGAAGAGCUUCGAACACCGCAAAAUCUUUCAGGGUUUCUUCCUGUCAUUGGCGACGCCUUGAUCGCAAACCAUGAGGAACUGCAAACAUCCGCGAUCCGCCUCUUGUCUACCAUCAUCACAGUUCCAAUGAAGGAGCUAGACGAGAGUUGCCCUGUUUACGUUGCAGAGGCUGUGCGGUCGAUCAAGGGAGCCACUUCUUCGAAUUCCGAAAUCGCACAGGCAUCCCUGAAGCUGAUCACAAGCAUGCUUCGAGAGAGGCCGAACGUCCAGAUCAGAGAGCAAGACUUAUCUCAUCUCCUGAAACGCAUCCUGCCGGAUAUCGACGAGCCUGAUCGUCAGGGUGUCACUUUCGGUUUCCUCAAGGCGGUUAUGACAAGGAAGAUAGUGAUCACAGAGGUCUACGAAGUGAUGGAUAAGGUCGCUGCAAUGAUGAUCACGAACCAAACACAGUCUGCGCGUCAAAUAGCCCGCUCUACCUACUUCAACUUCCUCAUGGAGUAUCCACAGGCGAAGAACCGCUUCAAGAAACAGUUGGAGUUCUUACUCAAGAAUUUGCGUUACGAUUACGUUGAGGGUAGGCAGUCGGUCAUGGAAGCUCUAAGUCUGGUUCUCAACAAAGUCGGCGAGAAGAUUCUUGAAGAGAACCUGGGCAUGAUGUUUAUUCCGUUGGUCCAUUCAAUGGCCAACGACGACUCUGCUGAUUGCCGUACCAUGGCUGGCGCUCUGGUCAAGACAAUCUUCGAGCGCGCCAACGCGCAGCAACUCAAGAGCUUCACGGCCGAUCUCAAGGAAUGGAUCACUCAGGAUGAGGAUCCAGGUCUCAAGCGUCUCGGGAUCCAGUGCUGGGGCCUAUAUCUCGAAGUUGCCGAUGCCAAACCGAAGGAGCUUGAGUUCGUUAUGGAGCAACUUCGGAACACAUUUGAUGUCUGCUUGGAGCGACGUGACGAGGAAGACUGGGAAUUGAUCUACUACGCUCUUACAGUCUUCUCGAAACUUACCAAGCCUUGGCCCGAUCAUACGCUUUCUUCGGAGAGUAUGUGGACCUCGAUCCGCUUAUGCGUCUCGUAUCCUCACGCCUGGGUCAAGCUCACUGCUGCGAAACUCAUUGGCAUCUACUUCGCCGAUCUUUCCAGCGCAAACAGCGAAUCAGGUCUCGAGAGCGUUCCACUGAAAGGAUCCCAUGGACUGCAGCUCACCGAAGAGGUCAUGGUUCAACUGACGCACGGUUUCCUCCGAAAUCUCGAAACGACCAACGCCAGCGAAGAUUUAUGCAUUCAAAGUGUUCGCAACCUUGCCUUCCUCGCACGAUGCCAAGCAGCGAACCUGAUCAAAUGGAACUGGAAGAAGGUAGACGACGAUGAGGAUGUGCAGGACGACACUUUGGCCGAAGAAGUCAACCCGGCAGGGGAAACGAACGGCGACGCUUCAGACGAAGAAUUUGGCGGCUUCUCUCCAGCGCCCGAAUCGCCGCAGCCAAAGAAGAUCAAGGCGGCUAUUCCCACAGCCAUCCACCGACUUGUCACACGCUUAUCAGGCAUCAUCCGCCGCGAAACAAAGAUCAUGAAGCUUUCCUCACUCUACCCCAAGUCUGCGACCGCCACACUGCUCGAAACACUGGUUACAAAGCUACCCAUAGCAGCGCUCGAAUCAUCCCUCCCGCACCUCCUCACCACGCUCUCCACGCUCACCGACCCUGCGACCACAAUCCCCCGCUCAACAGAGGCCGCCUUCAACGACACAUACCGCGCCAUCAUCGACAAGAGCCGCGAGAUCAUGAACACGUUGCAAAAGCGGAUGGGGACGCAGGAGUACCUCAAUGUCAUGGGCGACGUGCAGAAGGGCGUCAAGCAGCGGCGCGAAGAGCGGAGGCAGAAGAGGAAGAUCGAGGCUGUUACUAUGCCGGAGAGGUUUGGCAAGGAGAAGAAGAGGAGGAAUGAGGUUAAGAAGGUUAAGAGGAAGGAGAAGAGUGCGGCGUACCAGGGGAAGAGGAGGGGUGGUAGGGUGGAUAGGUGGUUGUGGGGAGGGCAGGGAAGGUUGAUGAUGCAUUGCGAUGGCGUUUUGAAGGAUGGAAAAGUAGCAUUUGUUCAUUUCAUGCAUGGCAUUUUGAGGGUGUGUAGGUAG